CCCCAUACUCUCAACUAUCACAUUCAUAGUUCAUGAAACACCUAAUACCACCAUCUCAUCACAACCCCUUUUGCAUACCCAACACAACACUAAUACAUCCAUCUAGUCCCAAAGACCUCAAAUCACACCUACCCAUCACCAACAAUGACCGUUCUAUCCCACACGAAACGCGUCAUUCUCGCUCUCCUCGCCACAAAUAUGGCAUUCGCCCUCCCUUCACACCCGGCUUCCAACACAACUUGCACCGGUUAUCCCAUCUCCCAAGGCCCCGAAGACGCCUACACCGUCGCACCCGCCUGCCCCCCAGACUCCUCCACCCUCAUGCUCUCCGCCCUCCCGGAAUGCGCCCGCCUAGCCACCAACGCCGCCGCCGCGGCCCGCUCCGGAACAGCACCCCAACUCCGCACCAUCUUCAAGACCACCGACCCGGCCGUCCACGCACACAUCGCCUCCACCUUCGACGCCAUCGCCAGCGCCUGCGGCACCACCAGCACAACCAGCAUCCCCACCAUCCACUGCGGCGACGCCCCACCCCGAACGGAAUGCACAACCGGCAAAGUCGCCGGCUACGCCACCGGCCACACCGUCGCCUUCUGCCCCUUCUUCUUCGGCCUGCCGCUGUUGCCGAGUAGUUGUGAGAAGUCGAAGAGUCGGGCGGGACUGGUGGUGCAUGAGUUUGCGCAUGUGCGGGACCUGGUGGGCGGGUGGAUUGUGGAUGUGGCGUAUUUUCCGGAGGGGGUGUUGGGGUUGGGGACUGCGGAUGCGUUGAGGAAUGCGGAUUCGUUUCAUCUUUUUGCUGUGGGGGUGGAGAUGGGGUGUUGGGUUUGAGAGGCAAUGGAGGGAUGGUGGAGGUUGUAUCAUUUGAGCGUUGCGUGGUAUUAGGAUAGUUCCAUAGUUGAUAGUUGAUAUACACGGUUCCUUUC